AUAACCUGCAUGACACUUGUCUCUGGAUGUUGGUCAAAGAAGGAGAGACUGAAAGGGAAGCACAAGAGUUUUUAAAGGUGGAAGAAAAUGUAAAGUACAAUGAGAAUGGCACUCCUGUUAAAAGACUUAGGAGAAAAGCAAGAAUUGUCCAAUCAGAGAAUAUAGCUGGGAGAAGCUUUUGGAACGAGCUUCCAAGUCUUGCGAAGGAGGUGGGUGGUUUUACUGAGGAUGUGGACAAAAUCAACCCAGAGUAUGUUAGGUUCUUCCAAUUUGAGAACAAAUUGAUGCCAUCUACAUGGAUUGUAGUUAGAAUUGAUGGCUGCCAUUUUCACAGAUUUUCUGAAGUUCAUGAAUUUGAGAAGCCAAACGACAAACAAGCUCUGAACCUUAUGAAUUCAUGUGCAGUGGCUGUGUUAGAAGAGAUUCAAGAUAUAAUAUUUGCCUAUGGGGUCAGUGAUGAGUACAGCUUCGUUUUGAAGAAGGAUUCUCAAUUUUAUCAACGCCAAGCAAGUGAAAUAGUGUCUAUCAUUGUAUCAUUCUUCUCUUCCAUGUACGUAAUGAAAUGGAAAGAGUUCUUCCCACGGAAGGAAUUGAAGUACCCUCCUUCUUUUGAUGGGCGUGCUGUAUGCUAUCCCUCAUCUAAGAUUCUUCAAGACUAUCUGGCAUGGAGACAAGUUGAUUGCCACAUCAAUAAUCAGUAUAAUACUUGUUUUUGGAUGCUUGUUAUCAAGAAAGGAAAAGGCAAAAGUGAAGCCCAAAAUUAUCUGAAGGGUACUCAAGCACAAGAGAAGAAUGAACUACUUAUCAAGGAAUUCAACAUUAACUACAAUGAAUUAGAAACCAUGUUCCGGCAAGGUUCCUUAGCCUUUUGGGAGAAGGACAUUACUAUGACACAUGAGAACACAGCAUCUGUUGAAACUUCUCACAGGAAAGUUAUUGUAGAACAUUGUGAUAUAAUCAAGCCCGACUUUUGGGAAGCACAUCCAAGCAUUCUUGAUGAGAAUCCACCUACUUUUUGAAGCAUUGAUUCACUAUUUUUCUUACCAACAUGAAUCUCAUGGAAAAGUUCCAUUGCCUUAAUUUUUUGUAUUUUGUAUGCAUAUGAAGUUUUAAUCCA